AUGUCUUCUCAAGAUGAUGAAAAUACUUAUAGUGAUAAAGUAAAUUAUCUUGUUAUAGAAGAUGGACAAUCUGGUAUAAUUAUUCUAAUAUUAUCUUGUAUUGAAAUAUCUGGAGUAAUUACUUCCUUUCUUGAGAUUUGA